GUGAAGGAGUGGACCAGCGUGAAGCACGGCAAGGAAGUGCUCAACAGCUGCAACAGCGGCCGAGUGGCGGACCUUUCCGACCGCAACAUCAUGUGCAUGUCCCUGCAAGGUGAUCUUGCGGUGUGUGGCAGCGCCGACCAUGGAUUGAAGGAGAUUAACGUGCGCUCCGGCACGGUGAUGAGAAACCUUUACACCAAGAGGUUUGGCCACACAGAGUGGGUGACUACGGUGUCCCACUGUCGGGAUGGUCGUAUCAUCUCCGGCGGCCUCGACAGCAAGCUCUGUCUUUGGCAGGCCUCGGGCGUAUCCUGUGUUGACCUCACCGGCCACGUCGGCUCCAUCAGCCGCGUGCGCGCACAUGCGCACAUGGACAUCGCCAUCUCAGCCGCGUAUGAUCGCACCUUGCGGGCGUGGGAUUUGCGGAAGAAGACGGAGCUCGGCUGCUGCACAGGUCAUGAUGCCUCCAUCACCGAGUUCGUUUGGGUGGAUGAUGUGGUUGCCAGUGGUGACCGUGCAGGCAUGGUGCGAGUAUGGGAUGCCAGAACUGCGCAGCACAUGGGAACGUUACGUGGGCACAAAGGGCACAUCACUGCGAUGCUGGCCCUGCCGCAAGAGGGAUCAGGCGAGGAGGCUCAAAGCGGUAGCCCACACUCUGGCCUCAUCGCGACAGGAGCCCAAGAUGGCCAGCUGCGGAUCUGGGACCUGCGGCAGAAGCUGAACACCUACACCAUGGCUGCACACCCAGGCGGCGCCAUAAAUGAGAUCGGGAUCACCAUGGGCAGCCCACCGGUGAUUGUCACGGCUGGCGCGGAUGGGCGACUGCUUGGUUUCGAUCCGAGAGCCGCCUUUCAGCCGCUCUUCGAAUUUGGUGACAUCACUGCUGACUUCAUUUAUAGCAUGUUGGUCCUCGACGAUCUUGUCUUCACUGGAGAUGGGCGUGGCCGAGUGGUUUGCUUCGACAUCCGCAGAAACCAGAAGCUCUAUGUCUUGGAUGCUGGGCAGAAUGCCAUCCGGUGCCUUGCUGCCACAGAAUCCUGCCUGGUCUGCGCUGGAGACGACGGGAAUGCAAUUAUGUUUGACUUCUAA